AUGGCUGGCAAUGAGGGAAAAGGCCUUUGCUUGUCAGUGCCCUGGAAGAGGCGGUGUCUGGCUUUGGGAGCGUGCCAGCGCUCAGGGCUUGAGUGGGUAUUCUGCGCCAUGGAAUUUACAGGGGUAGCGCUGUUCGUGGGCGGUUUCGUCAUGAAACGGGAAGAUUUCAUUGACGUGACUGCACCGGAGAUGAGUUGCGGGGUAGCGCUGUUCGUGGGCGGUUUCGUCAUGAAACGGGAAGAUUUCAUAGACGUGACUGCACCGGAGAUGAGCUGCGAUGAAGCCGGCGGACGUGCUUCACUGUUUUAG